GUUUCCGAUGAUGAUAAAGAAAAGGGAGAGGGAACUCUUCCAACUGGGAAAUCUAAAAAGAAAAAAAAGAAAAAGAAGAAGCAAGGUGAAGAUGACUCUGUUGCACAGGAAACAGAAGAAUUAGAAAAAGAGAUUAAAGAAGAGCUUCCAGUGAAUACCUCCAAAUCCCGUCCAAAACAGGAAAAAUCUUUUUCCUCGAAGACCAUAAGCACUAGUGAUCCAGCUGAAGUACUCGUCAAAAAUAGCCAGCCUGUCAAGACUCUUCCACCUGUUAUUUCUACCGAGCCAUCUCUUAUGUUAUCAAAAAGUGAUUCUGACAAGAGCUCUUCCCAAGUGCCACCGAUGUUACAAGAGACAGAUAAAACCAAGUCAAAUACCAAGCAAAACAGUGUGCCUCCUUCACAGACGAAGUCUGAAACUAGCUGGGAAUCUCCCAAACAAAUAAAAAAGAAGAAAAAAGCCAGACGGGAAACGUGAAUAUCUUUUUCCCUGAAUUGGACAUGUGUUUGCAAACACUGUCUUGAAGAUUAUGCUGUUUAUGCAAUAAUUUGUGAACAUGUACAGAGUUUUAUAUAAAUUUAAACCAAUUUUUAAAAUAAAACUGUGAACACCACCACCAUAAAAAUGGAAUCAAAGGAAAGUUAAUUUAUGAAAUUAAGAGGUCAGCCGAAUAUAGUACAGUGCUGGAAGACACUUGGAAAAGUCUUUUCAAUUCAACAAGAACGAUUGUUAUUUAAGAAUAUUAUCCUGGUUUUACAACAGUGCCCUGUUUACAACAGACUGUGCCCUAUCUCAUCUACAGCCGAGGAAUAAAGGAUCUGAUUAGAAGAGCGUUGCCUACAAAUUAGUAGGGAACUCCUUGCAACUCCUUGGAUCUUAUGCACGGAACCUGUACCAUUUGAAUCUGUUUUAUGCUUAAAUCAAAGUGCUUUGAUCAAAUGCAUAAUCUGCCAUAUCUUUACAUAUUUGUUGGUAGCAGUUUGUAUUAAAGGAAUCACAAGUGCAAAUAAAAAGUCAUUUUAUCAUUUGUUUAACUAAACUGUCAUGGUUUAGUUUUUAAAAGGUUCUUAAUUAAAACAUUGAAAACACAGUUGACACUUGUAUGACUUAUGAAGUUAUUUUUGAUAGUCUUACAUUACUUGAAUUGUUCAAAGUACAGUAUAUUUUAAAUUAAGAAAGGUAAACUAUAUGUAUUUGUUUUAUACAUUCAACGUUCAGACUCACAAAUAAUGCUCUUGUUUAUGAUUUGAAAACUUUCAGGCAAAAUCCAACUUAUAUUUUUUCUUUUCUUAGCAAUUACUUUUUUUCCAGUGCCAGCUUUUCUUAGUUACUAAUGCUUUUUUGACUUUAAAAUGAAAUCAUUCAAACUUUAAAUAUAUGAUGGAGAAUGAAAAACUAGAGUCAGACAGCUUUAAUUGACAUUGUCAAGACCUCCAGUUAUCAGGAAUACAUUUUUUUACUGCCUUAACCUGUAGUGCGUAGAAUAUGCAUCAAUUUCUUGAAGGGGAUUCGUGUUUUUAUAUGAAUUUUCAUGUAAUUAUUGCAAUUGUGGUCAAAUAAGGAACGUUUCCUGCUUGAAACUGUAUUGAUUUAAAUGAUGUGUGAGAUGUUUCACCGUUUUCAGGCACUGUGUAAUUCUCUUGUAAUAAACUGGCAGGUAUCUUUGUAACUAUAAAUAGUGCAUGCUCAGCCAUGUACACUGUAAAUAGCCUUUACCAAACGUGUUUGACAAGGACCAUAAUUAACAUCACUUCGUGAAUUGUGAUAAAGAAAAAAGCCAUGAUUUAUUUGAUGUGAUUGGCUUAAUUGGUUUUAUGUGGCCAAGAAUGAAACUUGUUUAACAGCUGUAACCAAUGGUACUGAUCUGUCCAUCCAAUGUUAUCUUUAUUUGAUUGUGGUUUGACGGUGCUGCAUUGCAGACUAGGGAGGCUAAAGAAACAAAAUGGUUUUAGUUCUGCUGAAAACUGGCCUUAUUAAUGGACAGCUUUCCUAACAAGUGAUUAUUAACUUAUCAGGUGUUAACAUCUGUUUCAGGAACAUGGCGGUAUGUUUACAUGUCAGAAGUUUUGUUUAAUUCUAUGGUAUUUCUAAAUCAAUUUGUUUAAAUAAAUUCAGCAAAUGGAUAGCAUCGUUUUUAUUUGCUUCGCUAUGGGGGUAAAUAAUAGCUAAAGUGCCAGGAAUGGAUUUCUUCAAAUGACUUUAUUCUGUUAGCUUUACAUAGAUGUUUCCUAAAUAGAUCCAAGAGUUCUUGAGUUGUAAGCACUUUGUAAAGGUAUCACAAAGGAGAAUUUGAUAGGGAGCCUAUUUACGAAUGUGCCAAAAGGUCUCUGCUCAAAAAUUUAAUUGAACUC